GUGAUAGUUUGAAAGUUGUCAACAGAGGGAAGAAGAAGAGAAGGAGAGGAGGAGGAGAGGAGGACAGGAGCGGAGCGGAGCACACGGAGCUCCGAGCAGGAGGAGCGAUGGGCUGCAGCCACAGCAAGAGGAAAAGCAAAGCCAGGAAAGUGGAGAAGAGUCAGAACGGCGAGAGCCAGCGAGAUGGAGGAGGCCAUCGUAUGUCGGCGGAUCCAGACGUCUGUCUGGAGAAGCAGGUGGAGCGCUUCGAGUGGCAGCUGAGGAUCCUAAAGGAGGUGCUGUCGGCCAACGGGAACCCGGAGGGGGCGGAGCUUCUGAAGGAACACGCCGACGUGGAGGUGUGCGCCCUCGUCCUGAGCAUCUUCGACAAGGUGAAGACGGAGACGGCGGCUGACCUGAACGUCCGGCACGAGCAGAGCAGCCAGCUGCUGACGGAGGAGCACCAGCGACACGUGGAAGAGCUGCAGCAGAAACACCAGCAGGAGAAAACUGAGCUGACGGAAAAGUUCCAGGCAGCAGAAAACAUCCUGAAGGCUGAAGUGGAGAAACUGUCGGCUGAGCUGCAGAUUUACAAGCAGCUGAAGAGGCGAGUGGCGGAGUCCACCUUCAAGAAAGACCUGCUGAGGAACAUUCAGGCCCACGGCAGCCCCGGUGCAUUCUGGGAGUCUGAGCAGGAGUCGCUGCUGUUUGUCAUCGAGAUGAAAAGCGAUCGGUUGCAGGAGCAGCAGAGGAAGCUGCUGCAGAUGGACACACUGGUGGAGAAGAAUUUAUCUCUGGAGGAUCAGAUCGUUCAGGUCCUGCAGCAGAACGAGGACCUGAGAGUCCGGAUAGAGAACUGUCAGACCUUCAUCCAGGCGCUGUCCAAGGAGCAGCAGGACCUGAAGGCGGCGCUGGAGCGGCAGCUGGUCGUCAACCAGAACCUGUCUCAGGAGAAAGAGCAGCUGAUGUUCAAGCUACGGCACCGGGACUCCUGUCCGACCAUCCACCUGCCGGCCAUCGUGCAGGAGAUCUCCCCGAGAUGACUGUUGGGAAUUGAACCGUGUGCAGUUCACUGUUUGGGUCAGACGGUGGACUGCUGAGAGACCAGGUGGAUCAGAUCCACACCAAUCAGAAGCCGAGCAGUUUUCAGAGCCACUUCUCGUCCCAACAAGCCGCCUGGAAGCUUCCCCUCAGGGACUCAGACACGUUUUACCGCCGAUGGAGGACGACACAGCGGAAAACACACCCCAGCCGCUCGUUCCGCCGCCGCCUGGAUUGACCUCUGCAGCCUCCUGCUGCCAGGACGCCUCUCAGACUGAUUAGCAGAAAGCCGUGACUCCACCUCGGUAUUUUCUGGUAUUAAAAUGUUGACAGCAGAAAACAGAAGGAUUACGCUCCAAACCCCCGGCGGCUCUCGGUCACCACGCCGUUCCUCACCUCAACUUGUUUAUUUCACUUCAUCCAAGCCAAGCAGAAACCACGGAGAAGGUUCUGGAAAAGUUUAAUCUUUAAACACACGAUAAUGACCGUUUAAACUCCACACACACCUGAACGACCCUCCCGGUCUGGCCUCUCAGUGCCUUGCUGAGGCUGUUUUCACUCUUUGCCUUCACGCGUGUGGUUCGUCUCGAUCACGGCUUUUAUUUCCUGCUCAGAUCACUGCUGCUGUUAGCCGUUAGCUGUUAGCGUUUGAUUUCCAGUAUUUUAGAAGUGCGGCAUCACAAACUGUGAAGUCUGUUUCGGGUUUAUAAAAUCGUUUAUUGAGCCUUUAAAUCAACGGUUUUCUGUUUCAAUUCUGUUUAACAAGCGAAGGGCCUCCAGGCUGUUAGCAUGUUAGCUUCUCCAUACCUCUAAUUCAGCAGUGUGACGAUGGAUCGGUCAGAUACUUGCUGGGCUUGCUGGCUCAUCACCAGGAGCUCAGCUCGCUUCACAGCCGCCAUGAUCCUCAGUUCAGGUUCAGCCGCUACACUUCCCAUCACUGUCCGAGAGGCCUUUAAGUGCGGCUGGAUUUUGUUUUUUUUGUUCUGUUUUGAAAGAUGCUAUACUUACUGUGUUUCUAUGGUUUUGCCAAACAAAGGACAAAAAGAAAUCAGUGUUUGGACUCUUUCUCCUCCCGCACCAGCACUUUGACCAGGACUUUUACCAGACGUUUGUACAGGAGAAAGGGUUCUUCUCAUCUUGUACAGUUUUAGCUGUUUUUCCUGCUUCUCACCUGUAAAAAGUUUAGUUUUAUCCAGCAGUUUGAUUGAUUUCAUGUAGAUACACUCAGAUCUUUCCUUUUUGUUGUUUUUUUUUUUUUUUUUUUUUUGGUUUGAUUGAAUAAAAAUCUGUAAAUAAGUUUGUUUGACUUGUAAAGAGAGAAACACAC